UGUUUCCAGUAUCUGGGCACCUGGGAACUGCCCAUUCUCGCCCGUUGGAGCCAUGGGCAGCGGCUGCCGCAUCGAAUGUAUUUUCUUCAGCGAAUUCCACCCCACGCUGGGACCCAAGAUCACCUAUCAGGUCCCUGAGGAUUUCAUCUCCCGGGAGUUGUUUGACACAGUCCAGGUGUACAUCAUCACCAAGCCAGAGCUGCAGAACAAGCUUAUCACUGUCACAGCUAUGGAGAAGAAACUCAUUGGCUGCCCGGUGUGCAUUGAGCACAAGAAGUACAGCCGCAAUGCCCUGCUCUUCAACCUAGGCUUCGUGUGUGAUGCCCAAGCCAAGACCUGUGCCCUUGAGCCCAUUGUCAAAAAACUGGCUGGCUACCUUACCACACUGGAGCUGGAGAGCAGCUUUGUGUCAUCUGAGGAGAGUAAGCAGAAGUUGGUGCCCAUCAUGACCAUCUUACUGGAGGAGCUAAAUGCCUCAGGCCGGUGCACUCUGCCCAUUGAUGAGUCCAACACCAUCCACUUGAAGGUGAUUGAGCAGCGGCCUGACCCCCCUGUGGCCCAGGAAUAUGAUGUGCCUGUCUUUACCAAGGACAAGGAGGAUUUCUUCAACUCACAGUGGGACCUCACCACACAACAGAUCCUGCCCUACAUUGAUGGUUUUCGCCACGUCCAGAAGAUUUCAGCUGAGGCAGACGUGGAGCUCAACCUGGUGCGCAUCGCCAUCCAGAACCUUCUGUACUACGGUGUGGUGACACUGGUGUCCAUCCUCCAGUACUCCAACGUGUACUGCCCAACACCUAAGGUCCAGGACCUGGUAGAUGACAAGUCCCUGCAGGAGGCGUGUCUGUCUUACGUGACCAAGCAAGGGCACAAGAGGGCCAGUCUCCGGGAUGUGUUCCAGCUAUACUGCAGCCUCAGCCCUGGCACUACUGUGAGAGAUCUCAUUGGCCGCCAUCCCCAGCAGCUGCAACGUGUAGAUGAAAGGAAACUGAUCCAGUUUGGACUUAUGAAGAACCUCAUCCGGCGGUUACAGAAGUAUCCUGUGCGUGUGUCCCGUGAAGAACGGAGCCCGGCCCGACUUUACACAGGCUGCCACAGCUAUGAUGAGAUCUGCUGCAAGACAGGCAUGAGCUACCAUGAGCUAGAUGAACGGCUGGAAAAUGACCCCAACAUCAUCAUCUGCUGGAAGUGAAACUAGUGGAGAUUCUUGCCUACCCUACCCUGCCUGCUACAAAGGGACAGAGCAGCAGACUGCUCUGGCCCACCUCAAGGUUGACCCAGACUUCUGUAAAUAAAGUCAUUC